CUUCUGACCCAAACAAAUACCAAUUGCCCAAAUACGCUACGGAAAAUUUUGAUAAAUCCCCAUUCAAGAAGCCCACACAGGUCACACUUGAGGUCUAUGACGAUGCUUGCCAUUGCUUUUUCUUGAUUCCUUUUGAAAAAAUAAGCCAAUUCUCGCAAAAUAGAGCAUUUGAUUUCAUUAAGCUUCAUGCAGCCGUCGAUAAAAGUAUUCCUGACGGAUCAGAAAAUAGCGCUACUUAUGAAAAUGGUAAAACGAUUAAUGCAAUCGCAAUUAACCCUAACUGUGAAAUUAGGGAGCUGGAUGCGAAAUAUAUGGAUUGCUUAAAGUUUGAGAAUAUUGGAGUUUUGCCGGAUGUGAAUGUGUAG